AUGGACUCGACGGCCGAUGCCCAAUCUAAUAUGACAUCUCAAUCCAUGGGCCACAGCCCACAGCCAAUCAAUCCUGCUGCAGUGGAAGAAUUUCCCAUUGUCGCUCGUCUCACCCAGGGACUCGCUGAAUGUGACUGGGAGCAACUGCAAGAAAAAUACACGGAUGCCAUGGAUGAGCACAGCCGAGUGGAAGAGGAGCUUCGUGCCGAGACUGCGAGGUUGCUAGAGGUUUUCACAACUUGGUCCCAAACGACUAUUUUACAAGACGAGGGACGGGCUUUAAAACGAUUCAAGACACAAAUGCAGCAUGUACAAAACUCUGAAGUGAGCGUGGAGAACAAGAAAAAGCACUACAAUGAUGUUGUCAAGGCUUUUCAAAGUGCCUUGGCCCUGCUUAACGAGCAGAUGAAGGUUUAA